AUGGUGUGGUUGGUUUUCAAGAUCCACUCCCUCCUGGAGGAAGGCGCGAAUGCCACGACUGGACAGGAUGCUGCAACCGGACCAAGCGCGAACGUCAUGACUGGACAGGACGCUUCAACCGGACCAAGCGCGAAUGCUACGACUGGACAGGACGCUGCAACCGGAUCGGGCGCGAACGCUAUGACUGGACAGAGUGCUGCAACCGGACCGGGCGCGAAUGUACGGAGGUUUCAGGGUGAGGCUUUGGGGCUCCGUAGCAGGCAAGGCCAUCACCAACUGCAGCAGCAGCAUCGAGAUACACCAGCCCCACCUGUAGCUACGACACAGCACUACGAUAUCAGUACUCCACCUACACCGAUGGUGGAAGCACCUACUACUUCGCAGCGGCAGCCCAGGACCACAGCGGCAGCGGCCCCAGCGCAGGUGUCCACCACGGGUGUCCUCGGUGGAAGUGAGAUGGCUUUGCAUCAGCUGGCUGAGCAGAGGAGCGCUCUUGUAGCGGCCUUGCAUGCUCGGGCGUCAAGGGUCAUCGGAUCUACAGGCUCCGAAGGUGUUGAGUCCAUGACCACAAUGGAGGCGGGGGAGAUUGCCGAUGCGACAGGUGACCAGAUGGUUUGGUUUGCCAGGAUUCGGAAUAUGGUUCAACGUGGUCUGGACCGUAUGUUAAUGCAGCCCGGACACGGCGAGAUCCAUGGUGACCAGUCGUCGACGGGAUCCUUGCAACCCGAGGUCGUCCAGGAGGAAGUGCGUAAGGCGGUGCAGCUUGCAAUGCAGAGUCGCGACACAAAGGUGAGUGAGUUACAGAACGAGAAUGCGGAGUUGAAACAGCUUUUGAUGGCAAUGAUCGAUGUAAGUGCGGAGGGAGCAGGCGGUGGUGCGAGGCCUACAGUCGUGAAUGCCCAGGGUGCUUCUGGUGAUGUGGGAGUAAACCUUGGGGAGGCGGGCGUCUCCGGGCUCCUCCCGGUCUACCUGUGCCUUCCCGUCGAGAACAUGGGGAUCAGGCAGGACAACGAGAGGGGCAUGCUCUACGUUCCAGGGGUACCAGUCCAUCAGGAGUUAAUCCCGAAGGCGGCAACGGCGAAGAUGUUGCAGGAAGGACAAGAGUCCGAUGGCGUCGAUGGACUUACUGGCCCAAGGCAACAGUUGCAGCUCAAGAAGGACUUCCAGGACCCUGAGCUGCUCAAGGGCAACAUCACGUUGCCCGUACUUCCCGAGCCCUACCAGGACUCCAGUGCUGUGAUGUUCUUGGAAUGGAUCUAUGAAGCGGGCCAGUUGAUUGGAUCCAUCACGGACAAGGCCACCAGCUGGUGGCUUGGGAACUUGGAACUGGAGAAGAUGGCGUACUACAAGUUCCAGGCCGAGACCCCCCUGAAGAGGCUUUCCAUAACCGUCGGCAAUGACGUGGCGGUGGAUGGGGAAAAGUGGAUUCGCCUGGAGAGGCGAGUGAUGGCGCUGCUUUUGGCCGCAAUGAACCCCUCGAUCAAGGCGGAGAUCACCAUGAUGCGGAUCGACAAGGUCAAGAGCUGCCUUUUCAAGCUCUUCACAAUCUAUGCCCCUGGAGGCGCGAGCGAGAGGGCAAGCCUGAUCAAGCAGCUUGAACAUAUUCAGCCUCAGAACAACGUUGUAGAGAUGAUUGCCGCGCUCCACAAGUGGAAGAAGCUUAUUGGCCGAGCAGCUGAAAUGGGAGUCUCCCUGCCCGAUGGAAGUGUGCUCCUUGUUGCACUGGAGGCGGCCAUCAAGAACCUUACGGAGAACAACAAGGACAUCAGCUUCAAGCUGAACAUGGCUAAGAGUGAGCUGGGGCUUCCCUACAAGCCGGCCCUGUCAGCGGUGCUCACGUACGCGGACCAUGUCAUUGCGGAGCUCCAGCAGGUGAUCCCUUUCGGCAACCAGAUUGCCAAGCUGAAGGGUGCGAACGUGGAUCCGAGGACGCCUUCGUCGUCCACCUCUCCAACUGGGAAGGGCCAGGGACAGAAGCAACAGCCACCAUGCAAGUUUUGGUCCACUGACGAAGGGUGCCGCCGCGGUGCCAAUUGCAAGUUCACGCACGCCUUUGCCAGCAAGGAGGACAAGAAGGCCAGAUGCUGGACGUGCGGGGCUACAAACCACAGGCAAGCAGAGUGCCCAACGAAGAGUGGGGGGAAGCGAGGGAGCAAGGGCUCGAGUGAGAAACGUUCCCAAGGCGAGCCUACUUCACCUACUGCGACCACACCGCAGAUUGCAUCCCUGAACAAUCCCAUGCCCUCAACAAUGCAGGUCCCUACGCCCUCUACCUCAGCUACGUCGACCUUGGAGCAUCCGUCCCGAGCAGCGAUUUCUACAGCGACCACAACAUCGCCCUCCACUACGCUUGAUCCUUCGCUCACCCAGCAACCUACCUCCAGCGGUACGUCAUCGGCAGCCUCCACUGUUCUGUUCCAGGACCAGUCGAACACUGGCGAGAUCAGGGAGCUGGCCGAACAGUUCCUUGCGAAGAUCAAGCGGUUGGCACCAAUGCAGACCCAGACCGACAAUGCGGUGGUGGACCUGGAGUUGUUGCUCAGAUCGCAGGGAUUCAAUGAAUCCCAGGGAAUGGCUCUUCUUGAUUCAGGUGCCUCUCACCCCUUUCGAGUGCCGAAGUCGCUAGAAGAAAGAACCUCUUCGAGAAGGGUUCAGGUGCAGCUUGCGGACGGGAAGACCAUCUCGUUGAGACAAAACAGCGGCGGCACACUGCUUGCUGAAAAUGAACAGGGUGGCACAAUACUGCCGCUGGGAAGUCUGGUAAGCUCUCUGGGGUGCGAACUCCAGUGGUCAAGGAAGCGUGGACUACAAGUCCGUCAUCCACGUCAUGGACUUCUUCCCACGAAACUCGUGGGCAACACGCCCGUCCUCCGGGAAGCGGAGGCGUUGCAGCUUAUCUCGGACCUUGAAGAGGUGGAACUCCAGAAGUUAAGGGCCCAGACCACUGAGGGAGUGAUCAAGACGCUGGUGACGGAUGAGACUCCGACAACUUGGCUGGACCACUUGGAGGAGUUUGUGGCCACGGGUAAGCGAGCAUGCCUCCGGCGAAUGCUUAUGGAUGAAGAGGCUCCCAUCAAGGCGGCUACGGAGGAAGAGAUAGCAGUCCUGGUAGGAGUGGAGGAGAAGAUCAUGCUAUCAGACGAGGCGGGCGCGUUCUACUUGAAGUCUCUUCCCUACAACCGAGCUACGCGCAAGCGAAUGCUGAGGACGAGGUGGAUUGUGCAUUUGUUCAAUGGAGAUGAGCAAGGACCUGAGUUCACCUAUGCAGAGUCCGAUGAUGUUAUGGUGGUCCGAAUGGAUGUUAGAACGUCCAAGGGUUUCGAUCUCCGAAUGUAUGGACCCGCAGCCCGGGCUCUUCUAUGGGCAGCAGCGCGUGGACAAAUCGAGGGUGUCAUCGGUGGCCCACCACGUGGUUCGGAGCAUGGGUCAACGUUGUUCAAGAGAUUGAUGUUGACAUGGCUAGUGGCCAACUCUGGUGCAGUCCAACAAGCCUUGUGCGCCCCCCAUUUCACGAUGGAGGCCCCAACCUGGCACCCGAUCUGGACAAGCAGUGCUUGGUUGAACUUCCGUGAUGAACUACGAUUCAUGAAGUACCACUCCGUGGCUGUGCAAGGCAACAUGUACUUCUUGGCUUCAAGUUUGGAGGUGUCCCAGGGAAUGAGUAUUGAAGAGGCGGAAAUCAUCACGCUCAACAACAGCACCCCAGCCUCUUCGUGGCCCACGACUUUGAAGGCAGGCCUGGCCCAGUCAAUGGUAAGUUGGCGCCGAAGUGACCUACGGCGACACGAAGCUACGCUCUGCAAGGUUGUGGGAUCCCGGGACCUCAAUGCCAAGGAUUUGGCCUACUGGCAGAAUCACAUCAAGAACAACCACGUUCCCUAUGACAAAAGGUGUCGGACGUGUGUGCGCGCCAGCGCGACGGGCCGGGCUCAUCGACGGUGCCUUACUCCAAGCUCCUACUCUCUGUCUUUGGACAUAUGCGGUCCUAUGCGGACUCGAGGGGAAUCCCCAGAUGGUAAGGGGUACCGCUACCUCCUCGUCGGUGCCUACAGCCACCCCAAGCUUGAGCUACCACGCGACGUAAAACUACCUCCGGUCGAGGAGGAGGAAGAUGUAGAGCCCGAGCUGGACCCUUUCGAGGAGGAGGAUAUAGCACCCCGUCCGGAGGACGCUGAUGACGAGGAGCAAAAGGCAAUGAACGAGCGCUACAAGGAGAUCUACCGGGACAUUGGUGAUGACAUCGAGUGCCAGACACUGCAUUUCGUGGUGCCAAAUGGCUACAAGGCCAAGGAGACCCGAACGUGGAUGGCGGAUCGCGAUAUCCUGGCCACCACUGGUGAAAGCCAGCAGCCACAACAGAAUGGACGGGCCGAGGCCCUGGUUCGGGAUGUCAAGCGCAGAGUGAAGGUCCUCUUGCGAGCAGCUCAUUUGCCCAUGUCGUGCUGGCCUUUAGCAGCCGAGUUUGCAGCCCGAAGACAGCGAGAUCUGGCCUUGGGAAACCACGAGGACAAAGACCUCCCCUUUGGUGCCCCCACCCACGUGAAGCACAAGCAGUUUGGCCAAGGUGGGCGGUAUGAUCUACUGGAACGCUGGUGCGAGGGAGUCUUUGUGGGAUACUCCAAUGAUGUGAAGAAUGGAAGAGUGGUCCGCCAUACGGAUGGAACCUACACCACCUCGGUUCACAUCAAACCUUAUUUGUUUGACCCUGGUGAUCUGGUCGAGUUCGGGCCCUAUGAAAUGGAACUACCAGUGCUGAACGGCGAGUUCGAGGACCUCCUGGACCACCAGAAGUUCACUUUGGAUGAUGUGGUUGGGUUGUGGAAUGUUUUGCGGACAAAGGCAAGGCCAACAACAAGGACUACCCAAGGUGAAGGUCUUCAAUGGUUGGUGGGCCAGUACACCUAUGGAAGUCUAUGUGGGGUUGUGCGAGACACGGACCUCUACCCCGUGGCUACUGUGUACUUGGUGCAGGCCUUCAAGAAAUUGACGGGUCAUGAUGACUUCACCUCACUGUCGAUCACCGAAGAUGUGGGGAUGACCUGCCACCGUGAUGUACACAAUCAUGGCCAACGCAACAACGUGCUUCUUCCUGUACUACAAUGUGACAGUGGAGGUGGGGUUUGGAUUGAAUCACAACCUCGGGACUACGACUACGCCGAUGAAUGGAAGGAACUCCCUAGAGGUGGAUGGCGCCGGGGGCGAGUUCAUGAGUUACAAAGGGGUGUUCCUAUCGAAAUCAACCCGAAGAUGUACCACUCCACUGAGCCAUGGACAGGGAAGCGGCUUGUUGUAACAACCUACACCCCGAGGACUACAAAGACGGCCAAAUCGACCUACGACAUCCUCUGCAACUACGGGUUUAAUCCUCCUCCACUACAACCACAAGUUCCCAACGAACUUCAACGAGCCGUUUUGAAGAUGAUGACUAUGGAUGAUAAGAGGGAACCCGACGCGGUGAUGUUCCUUGUCAAUGAGGUUGAGGAGGAGAACCGCGAGAGGGCAAGAGACGUGAGUCGGGAACUAUGCCAACUACAAGACGAUGUUCUUGCCAAGUUGCGGGAGAGACAGGAAUGGUUGAAGGAGUUCCUGGCUGAGGAGGAGAUCCUAGCUGAGGAGCUACAGGUCGUUGGGGAAACGAUCAAGGAGGAGAUCGAGGGCAUCAAUGGUGCAGUUCGGGAUCUACUUCAGGAUGUAGAGGAGAAGAUCAAGCUCACCGAGGAGAAGUGCCACUCCCUCUACCUCAAGGUCGCCAAUGUUACGGACGAGACCAAUAUCGGUGAUAUUGAAGAGCACCUAGCGAAUUUGAAGAAGGAUCUGGACGUGACAUUGGACGUUCCGUUGGACCAAGUGAAGGCCAACAUGGACAAAUGGGUUGAGCCUAUGAGCAAGGAGUUGUCCAACCUCGAGGAGAAAACGAACGCUAUCGAGCGGAAGACGAUCCAGGAGGCUCGCCAGAUGGAGCGUGACGGCCUUUUGGUCCUCAUACCUGGCAAAGUGGUUUUCACCGUGAAGCCACCACCACCUCUUUCGGAAGCAGAGCAACGAGGAUUGAAAACACCGCGGUGGAAACGCAAGGCACGGAUCGUUAUCUGUGGCAACAUGGCCAGCCAGAAGCAUGAUCCCAAUGACCUCUUUGCCGCUGGUGCGAGCGUGGAAGGGCUACGUUUGGGCUUAGCUUUGGCAUCGGCAAGACUGUGGAUAGCAGCGGCUACGGAUGUGAGCGCGGCGUUUCUACAGGCUUUGUGGCCGGAGGGAAGACCAACCUACGGGGUGCUCCCACCCAAGGUUUUAGUCCAAUCAGGGCUGGUGUCGGCGAACGUUGUGUUCAUCGUGAAGAGAGCCUUGUAUGGGCUCAGAGAGAGCCCGGCCUUGUGGUCGGCUCAUCGCACAAGUGUCCUGAAGAAGAUCAAGGUGAAGUGUGGUGAUGGUUUCAUGUGGCUGAAGCAGCUGGCCACGGAUGGCGAGCUGUGGAUGGUGCUGUGGACUCCUGAUGGUGGCAUCCCACAGCUGGUGGGCUUACUGGUCACCUACGUUGACGAUCUCUUGUAUUUGGCCAACAAAGAUACAAUUCUUCGACUACACGAGGUAAUCGCUACUACAUGGCCCUGCUCGCCUUUGGAGUUCUCGACGGAGGGCUUGCGCUACCUUGGUAUGGAAUUGUUCCAGGAGGAGGCGGUGAUUACUCUAGGCCAAGAAGCCUACGUCUCCAACCUUGUCCGGCUGCACAACUUGGACUCUGAGGUGUCAUCCGGUUUGCCAUGUCCCCGUGAGUGGAUUCAAGACGAUGAUGACAACGGAGAGGACGUGACCGAAAACUACAGCGAUGAUGAGCUAAGGAAAGCUCAGAAAAUCACAGGCGAAUGCCUGUGGUUGGCUUAUCGAACAAGGCCUGACAUCCUGUACAUCACGAACUACAUGGCAUCGAUGACCUCAAAAAGGCCUGUAAAGGUUCACCAAGUUGGGAAAAGGGUGAUCUCCUACUUGAAUGCCACGAAGACCUUGAAGUUGAAGGCGGAGGCCGAGGCAGAGAUCACACAAGCCGCAACAGAGAUCACACAAGCCACAGCAGAGAUCACACAAGCCACAGCUGGUCGCAACCAUCAGGCAGGUUUCAGGGUGAGUUUGUCGGGUUUCAGUGAUGCGUCAUUCGCGCCAUACGGUGGAAAGAGCUUUGGUUGCAGUCUGGUGAUGGUGGGCAAGACCCCGGUGACAUGGAAGGCCGGAAAGCAACCGAUGGUGGCGAUGUCCGUAUGCGAAGCUGAACUGAUGGAAGGAUCAAACUGUGCAUUGCUCUUGGAAUCCGUGCAGGCCAUGUUGCAGGAGAUUUUGCCAACGACAGCAGUUCCAGUCCUCAACGUGGACAACCAGGCAGCAUGCAACAUCCUGACUGGAUCUGUCGGGAGUUGGAGGACCCGGCACUUGCGCAUUCGACAUGCUUAUGUGUUGGAUAGAGUGGGCAAUGGCGGCCUAUCUAUCCAGCACUUGGCCGGAGAAGAUCAACCAGCAGAUUUGCCUACGAAGUUGCACUCCCGAGCGCGACUGUUACACCUUCUGGGAAUAUGGGGAAUGGUGGGACUACCAGGCCUUGAUGAGGCAAGGGUCUUGAAGGGCCUGAAGCUGGGCUGUAUGUUCCUCCUGCUCCUGGCGAUCCAAUCCCUGGCGGUGUCGGCGGAGAAGGAUCCCCUUCCGAGGACGGGGACAACGGAGUUGCUGCUCAUGGUGAUUCUGACAUGCAUAUCCACAGUCGCCAUUUGGGAGACUGGAAGAGCACUUGGAAAAUGGCUUUUACCGAUGUGCUGUGAGACAAGGAAGAUGAAGAGGAUUCGCAAGCUCAAGGAGCUUGCACGAGUGGCGGCGGAAGCUGAAGUGGAGAGAUGGGUGGAUGUGGAUGCGGCGCAGAUCACCGUCACCCACGAGGCGCAGAUCACCGUCACCCACGAGGCGCAGAUCACCGUCACCAACGAGGACAAGUGUUUUCGGGAAGGUCAGACCUCCUACCCCACCGAUGACGGGUUGGUGGCCGAGGGACUGCCCGUGACGGGAAUCAAAUGUGACCUGGUCCGAAGACUUUCGGAUCAGCUGGGAGCAGAACCGACGCACUCAGUUGACCUGGGUGGACUUGGCUACCCGGGCUUCUACUUCGGAUUGGUUGGCUAG